CAUGACUACACAUCUCUUCAACAUUUACCUCUGUUGAAUUCCGCACUCUUCAAUUGGGAAGACAGCAAUCAUGUCUUCCAAGCCCCAGAGCGUCAAUGGCUCCGAGAGCGAGUUCGAGUUCAUUGAGACCCCCAAAGCUCCCACCCCGACCUUCGAGAAAUUCGAGGACUGUGGUGUUAGAACGACGUCGUACCCGGCAAUCAAGAAUGCUCCUCUGCCAGCUGAUGGUCCUGGCAACGAGAGCUUCUCCAACAUCCUCCUCAUCUCCCUCAUUACACUCGUCCCAUGGUACUUCUCCUGGAAAGUCGGCGGCGGAUUGAAGACCAGCAUCUUCUUCGGUCUCUUCACGACAAUCCCGAUCUUGGCCAGUUUCUGGUACCUCGCCUCGUCCUUCAGUCCGCGCAAGAAUGAAAAGGCCACCAUUCCAGGCCGCCCCGUCGAACAUUACCUUACCUUCAAGAACGAGGCCGACAAGCUCAAAUACCGCGGAGCCAAUAAGAUCCCAAUGGAGACAUUCCAUAAUAUGUACUUUGAUGGUGAUGUUGACUUCAAUGGGGAUGCGCUGGAAGUUAUGGAGUACAGACAUGACUGGGCAUCCUUCAGGUUCACAUUGAGCUUGUUCAAGUUUGUUGUCUUCCAAUUUGCACCUGAGGUUAUCAUGCAUACUCGAUCCCAAGAUGAGGAGCAAGUUCGAGACCACUACGACCGCGGUGAUGAUUUCUACGGCUGGUUCCUCGGCCCGCGCAUGGUCUACACUUCUGGCAUUAUAUCUGACCCCAGACAAGAAGAGACACUCGAACAACUCCAGGAUAACAAGCUUACCAUUAUCUGCGAAAAAAUUGAUCUCAAGCAAGGCGAGAGAAUGCUGGACAUUGGCUGCGGAUGGGGUACCCUUGCGAAGUUCGCCAGCGUCAAUUAUGGUGCAAAAGCUACUGGUAUUACUCUUGGCCGCAACCAGACCGCAUGGGGUAAUAAUGGACUUCGCAAGGCUGGCAUCUCUGAGGAGCAAAGCAACAUCCUCUGCAUGGAUUACCGUGAUAUCCCGGUUCCGGAAGGCAAAUACAACAAGAUUACCUGUAUCGAAAUGGCCGAGCACGUUGGUAUCCGACAUCUUACCAGCUUCUUGAGACAGUGUAACGAGAUGAUGGAUGAUGAUGGAGUUUUCUUCCUGCAAGUUGCUGGAUUGAGAAAGAGCUGGCAAUACGAGGAUCUCAUCUGGGGUCUUUUCAUGAACAAAUAUAUCUUCCCUGGUGCUGAUGCCUCUACUCCACUCAACGACUAUAUUCGAUCGGUUGAGAGUGCUGGAUUCGAGGUCAAGUCAAUUGACACUAUCGGUGUUCAUUACUCGGCUACGCUGUGGAGAUGGUACAGAAACUGGCUCGCCAACAAGGACAAGGUCUUGGCUAAGUACGGCAAAAGAUGGUAUAAAAUCUGGGAGUUCUUCCUUGCCUAUUCUACGAUCAUCUCUCGUCAAGGCUCCGCAACCUGCUACCAAAUCACCCUUGUCAAGAACUUGAACUCCACCCAUCGUAUUGAGGGCAUUGAUACCCAGUUCUCUCUGUCCGGGGCCCUUCAAGCCAGCAAAGCCGCCAACAAGGCAUUGUUCCCCAAGAACAAGAACUAGUUGGCAGCUUCGCCGGCACGCUUACUUGAUUUGACGGGGAGACGAGGGUGAGAUGCCCACUCGGUCGGAUGUCCACUGUGAAUUGCUACUCGGUGUAAUGGAUGACGUUCGGAAGACAUAGAAUUAGCUUUGUAAUUAUAUCUGAGCUGGGCAAUAUCUGCACAGCGAAAAUGAGGGCUUCAUGUGACAGAAGUCGAAGAUAGAGAUAUGUAGAGGAUUUGCAGGUAGCACUGCUAAUCCAAAACAUGUAUAUACCUCUCAAUGAGCAAUGAGUAAAUCGACAGUGAAAAUGUG